AUGCCUGACUUAGGAAAAAACAUGCAGAAGAACGCGAAAGAUACAUGCAGUAAAGAUGAAGGAGAAGUGCCAAAACUUCCAGUUCCACCACUGCAGCAGACCUUACACAUGUACCUACAGUGCAUGAAACACUUGGUGCCAGAGGGGCAAUUUAAAAAGACCAAGGCCAUUGUGGAGAAAUUUGGAAUUGCAGGAGGCCUGGGGGAAUCCUUGCAGAAAAUGCUUGAGGAAAGAAGUGAAAAGACAGUAAACUGGGUGUUUCACUACUGGCUGGAUGACAUGUACCUCAACAACCGCCUGGCUCUUCCAGUCAAUUCCAGCCCUGCAAUUAUCUUUGCUCGUCAGCAUUUCAAGGACAUAAAUGACCAGCUGAGGUUUGCUGCCAAUCUCAUUUCAGGAGUGCAAGACUACAAAGCUUUACUGGACACCCAUGCUAUACCUACUGACUUUUCUCGUGGACAGCUGUCUGGCCAUCCUCUCUGCAUGAAGCAAUACUAUGGACUCUUUUCUUCCUAUCGUCUUCCAGGACUUACCAAAGAUACCCUCGUGGCCCAGAAAAGCAAUGUAAUGCCAGAACCAGAGCACAUCAUUGUUGCUUGUAACAAUCAGUUUUUUGUUUUGGAUGUUGUCAUUAAUUUCCGUCGUCUCAGUGAGGGAGAUCUUUUCACUCAGUUACAAAAGAUAGCAAAAAUGGCAGAGAAUGAAGAGGAAAUGCUGCCUCCAAUUGGCCUGCUGACAACGGACGGAAGAACAGAGUGGGCAGAGGCCAGGAUGACCCUUAUGAAAGACUCCACCAACCGCGACUCUCUAGAUAUGAUUGAACGGUGCAUAUGCCUGGUGUGCCUGGACAGCCCCAGUGGGGCGGAACUCAACAACACAAACAUGGCACUUCACAUGCUGCAUGGAGGGGGCUACCAUAAAAACGGGGCCAAUCGCUGGUAUGACAAACCUAUGCAGUUUGUGGUAGGAAGAGAUGGGCUCUGUGGGACCGUGUGUGAACAUUCCCCUUUCGAUGGCAUCGUCAUGGUGCAGUGUGCUGAAUACCUGCUCAGGCACAUAAAAGAAAAUUCCAAGAAAUUAGUCCGAGCUGAUUCAGUGAGCGAGCUUCCUGCUCCACGGAGACUGAGAUGGAAGUGUUCCCCUGAUAUUCAGACACAUUUGGCAUCAGCAGCAGAAAAACUCCAAAGGGCCGUGGAAAAUCUGGAUUUUAUAGCCUACAAGUUUGAGCACUAUGGAAAGGAAUUCAUUAAGAAGCAGAAGUUUAGCCCAGAUGCCUACAUUCAAGUAGCACUUCAGCUGGCAUUCUACAGGUGCCACAGGAGGCUUGUCCCAACCUAUGAAAGCGCUUCCCUGCGCCGCUUUGACGAGGGCCGGGUUGAGAAUAUCAGGUCUGCUACCUUGGAAGCAUUGGCUUUUGUCAAAGCAAUGGCAGGUGACAAGGCAGCCGUGUCGGAUUCUGAGAAGAUGCAGAAAUUUAAGGAUGCAAUUGCAGCUCAGACUAAUUACUCUGUUCUGGCUGUCACUGGAAUGGCAAUAGACAAUCACCUGCUAGGGCUCAGAGAGGUGGCACGGGAACACCUCAAGGAGCUGCCAGAGAUAUUUACAGAUGAGACUUAUCUGACAAGCAAUCGGUUCAUCCUCUCAACCAGCCAGGUUCCUACUACUAUGGAAAUGUUCUGCUGCUAUGGGCCUGUGGUGCCCAAUGGAUAUGGAGCGUGUUACAACCCUCAGCCAGAGCAUUUAUUAUUCUGCAUCUCAAGCUUUAAGGAAUGUAAGGAAACCUCCUCAGGCAUGUUUGCAAAAGCUGUGGAAGAAAGUCUCCUAGCAAUGAGAGAUCUGUGCAACAAAUGCAGCUCUACUACAGCAAAGCCACCUGCUAAACAAGACGCAGCCACCCAGCUGCAGAGUGACCACCGGCGCUAAGGCUGUAGGAAUGAUUCUCCUGGACCCACUCCAGGAAGAAACAUGACAUAGCUGUUCAAAGGCAAGAUAAUACUAGUAAUAUAAUAGUGUAGAACCAAAGUGUCAUUUGUUUCUCAUUGUUGCCAACAUUUACAGCUCUGUGUACUAAACUACCAUUUCUUGCUUACGAGUCAGCAAAAAAAGAUUUGGUCUCACUGACUGAAAUGAAGGAGUAAGUCAUAAAAGUAUGUGUUGUACUAUCAUUUCUAACCAUAAUUAACUUGUGCCAUUUUAU